UGUCCCCCCAAUGGGGUAGCUGGAUGGGGGCCCAUGGGCAGCACCCCUCGCAGGAGGCGGCGUGAGCGGGCAACAUGCCCAGCGUCCUGGGGCUCCUGCUGGCCUGGCUGGGGGGCUGCAGCUGUGCCGGACACCUGGGUCCCCCCUGGCCGGGCUGCCGGGGGACCUCACCCCAGGGCUGGGAACGCCCCCUGCUGAGAUCCCGACGCAGCUGGGUCUGGAACCAAUUCUUCGUCAUCGAGGAGUAUGCUGGCCCUGAACCUGUCCUCAUCGGCAGGCUGCACUCGGAUGUGGACCGGGGCGAGGGGCAGGUCAAGUACGUGCUGACGGGCGAGGGGGCCGGGACGGUGUUCGUGAUCGACGAGCGGACGGGGAACGUGCAUGUCACCAAGACGCUGGACCGGGAGGAGAAGGCCCAAUACACGCUGCUGGCCCAGGCUGUGGACCAGGCCUCGAACCGGCCCCUGGAGCCGCCCUCCGAGUUCAUCAUCAAAGUGCAGGACAUCAACGACAACCCGCCCGUCUUCCCGCACGGCCCCUACCAUGCCACUGUGCCCGAGAUGAGCAACGUGGGCACAUCGGUGAUCCAGGUGACGGCCCAGGAUGCCGAUGACCCGAGCUAUGGGAACAGUGCCAAGCUGGUGUACGUGGUGCUGGAGGGGCUGCCUUUCUUCUCCGUCGACCCCCAGACCGGCGUGGUGCGCACUGCGAUCCCCAACACGGACCGGGAGGCGCAGGCCGAGCUGCUGGUGGUGAUCCAGGCCAAGGACAUGGGGGGCCAUGCUGGGGGGCUAUCGGGGAGUGUCACUGUCACUGUCACCCUGAGCGACGUCAAUGACAAUCCGCCCAAAUUCCCCCAGAGUUCUUACCAGUUCUCGGUGCUGGAGACGCAGCCGCCUGGCUCCGCCGUGGGGCGGCUCUGGGCCCACGACCCAGACGAGGGGGAGAACGCGCGGCUCAGCUACCGGCUGCUGGACGGCGCCGGGCCCUUCGCCAUCAGCACUGACCCGCUGGGCCGGGACGGCAUCCUCACCAUCAGCCAGCCGCUGGACUUCGAGCAGCGCCAGGCGUAUGCCCUGCGGGUGGAGGCCGCCAACACGCGGGUCGACCCGCUGUACAUCCGCCAGGGGCCCUUCAAGGACGUGGCCACCGUGCACGUGGCUGUGGAGGAUGUGGCCGAGCCCCCGAGCUUUGCCCAGCCCAGCUACCAGCUGGGUGUCCCCGAGAACAGCCCCCCCGGCACCGUGGUGGGGAAGAUCACAGCCUCUGACCUGGACACACCCAGCAGCGCCAUUCGAUACUCCAUCCUGCCCCACUCGGACCCCGGGCGGUAUUUCAGCAUCAGCCCCCAGGACGGGACCCUCCGCACGGCCCUGCCCCUCGACAGGGAGACGCUGGCCUGGCACAACCUGACCGUGGUGGCCACCGAACUAGACAGCCCGGCACAGGCUGCACCCGUCCCCGUGGUUGUCCAGGCCCUGGACGUGAACGACAACGUGCCCACGCUGGCCCCAGGGACCGAGCCCUUCGUCUGCCACGGCACCAGGCCUGGCCAGCUGAUCCAGACCAUCUGGGCCCUGGACCGGGACGAGGAGGGGUCCGGGAGUCGGGUGACGAUUCGCUCCCCCCUGGGGCUGGGACCCUCUGACAUCACUGUGUGGGACAACGAGGAUGGCUCAGCUGCUCUCCUGCUCCAGACCCCCAGGCUGCCCCCCCUGGGUGGCCCCCCCCUGCUGGUGCCCCUGGAGCUGGUGGAUGGGGGACGCCCACCCCUGACUGGCACCCCCACUCUGACACUGAGCGUCUGCCAGUGCCGGCCCGAUGGUGCCCUGCGCUCCUGCCAGCACCCCCCCGCCACUGGCGCCCCCCCGGGGCUCAGCACUGCCGCCCUCCUGGCCAUGCUGGGCUGUGGCGCCAGCCUGCUCGCGCUGGCGGGGCUCCUGGCCUGGGGGCGCCCCAAGGGGGGGGCACGGAUGACGCCGGCGGAGGAGGGCGAGGUGCGUGAGAACAUCAUCAGCUACGACGACGAGGGGGGGGGCGAGGCCGACACCCAGGCCUUCGACAUGGCCGCCCUGCAGCGCCCACCCGCUCCCGCGCGCCCCCCCGGGCCCCCCCGCCUGGCCGCCUGCCUCGCCAGCCGCCUGGGCCGGGCCGACGCCGACCCCCGGGCCCCCCCCUACGACUCGCUGCAGGUCUACGGCUACGAGGGGGGGGGGACGCCCUGCGGCAGCCUCAGCCCCCUGGGCUCCUCCUGGGGGGGCAGCGAGGGGGAGGGGGGCGAUCCCGGGGAGUGGGGGCCCCUCUUUCGCACCCUGGCCGAGCUCUAUGGGGGCCAAGAGGGGCCCGCCUGAGGCCACGCCCACCUCCCAGCCACACCUGAGAGGCCA